UUUGUGAUGCGACAGAUAUCCAGACCGAUAAUCCAAUUCGUCCGAAACACGCCUGUUCCAAGUUUUCCUGUGUUGAGCGACGAAUCCAUUGUCGAGACCGAUGUUGACCCACGUGAUAUGGAACCUCCAUGCGUCAGUGAGACAGAGCUCCGUAUGGGAUGAAUACUGACUUUACAUUGUCUUCUUAUAGUUGAGGCUCCUGCCGCUCGAUAAAUAUGUCGAGGCAAAUGGCUCCAAUCACUAUCUUCACAUGGAAAAGGAAUGGCCCGUCCAUGUUUGUAAAGUUGCAUUCGCAGAAGCUUUCAUCGCAACACUAUGCUGCAACGCCUGAUUACUUUCUCUUUUGUCUUUUUAAGCGUUUCACAUCUACUUUUCCUUGAAAGUGCUUAUUUCAUUUUUAGUAGCAGCCUUGUAUAUCGUAGGUCGCAAUAUAACGUAACCUGUAUAUGCAUCGCGUUUUUAAAUAUUAUUGUUGCUGCGCAUUUGGAUCCCCUUCCUAUUUGAAGAACUACUGACCUGAACGCCUGACCUUCACACUUCGCCAUUGCAUGCAGAAAAUUUUUGUUUCGCACGACCACUUCGCAGCCUGAAGAACAGCACCUGAACGGCGUCCAAAUAGAUGCAAACCAAACUGCUGUAUGAAAGUGAAUGGACACUACCGAUCCUGACUACAAGGGGUUGAGGCCAACUUCGCAGAACCGCCGGAAAUGCACAAGAUGUACGUCGACUCCAACCUGAACCUCGGGGACCAAGUAGAUCUGAUGUGUUCGCUACGGCGCGGUUCCUCACCGGUCACCUUCAGCUGGUAUCAUAACGGAAAAGAGAUCACAGCAGAAGAUAAACUCGGAAGCUUCGUUGAGAUUGCAGGAAAAUCCAUCCUGGUAGUUGACAAGAUCACGAGGGAGCACAUUGGAAACUACACGUGCUCCGUUAAGAACCCUGCAGGAACUGACAGCUAUACCGUCAAGCUCUACGUUGACGUGAAGCCCACCUGGACACAAGAACCUAAAGACACGUCCGCCUCGACGUCUUCCACAGUCGUCAUCCACUGCAACGCUUUCGGUUAUCCACCGCCUCGAAUCGAAUGGAGCAGGCAAAACGAAGAAAAAGAAUUUGUGCCUCUCAGAAUGGGAGACCGCUACAACAUGGCGCCGAAUGGCAGUUUGCAGAUCCGCUCGGCCAAGGCUGACGACGCUGGACAUUUUCGGUGUGAUGUCACCAAUGGAUUGGGCAACGGUCUAUCCAAGGUCGUCAAGCUAUCCAUAAGCUCGCCCCCACGGAUACUCGAACGUGCAGAAGUGACCACUGUACGGCGCGGCCACAGCGUGCGACUUGGCUGCGAGGCAACUGGAGACAGGCCUCUGGUUGUUCAUUGGACAAAAGACCAAAGGGCCUACGAAGGAACUGUCCGAGAAGGCUUCGACAUCAUCGAGCGGAGGCUUCCAGGAGGUGUGACUUCAGAGCUCUUGAUUCAGAACAGUUCUUCGUCUGACACGGGUGUCUACACGUGCGACGUUGCGAAUCAAUUUGGAAAUGCCACAGCAGUAUUCAAGCUCUUUGUACUAGAGCCUCCAUCACCUCCGGUUGGGAUUAAAGUAUCGGAGAUCCGAAGCAAAACUGUCCGCUUGACAUGGCAAGCUCCUUAUUCUGAAGUGAACACAUUCCAUAUCCGCUUCUGGAGAGAAAGCUCGCAGAGCCGCAAGCUUACCCUGAUCACUGUAUCUGGCUCGGAGACGUCCGUGUACUUGAGUGAUCUUCUUCCGGGCACUGGCUAUGGGGGAUACAUGUUGUCCGAAAAUCGUGUCGGGAUAAGCGUUCCAUCUACGUCACUCCAUUUCUUGACCAGUGAGGAAGCUCCAACGGCUUCGCCACUUGACGUUCGGAUAUCAGGGCUCGGAAGCACACAUUUCAAAAUACAAUGGAAGCCUCCACCAUCGGACCACCAGAACGGCAAGAUUCAAGGUUACUACGUCGGCUACCGGCCUUACGAAUCCUCGCUACCAUACACAUACCAGACGGUGACAGGGCCUGACCCGAGACAAGCGGUUGUCCGAGGACUACAGCUGAACACGCGAUACUCUGUAGUCGUACAAGCGUUUAACACUGCGGGCACGGGGCCUUCUUCGCACCAGCUGGUGCUAACGACGCUUGAAGAAGAUUUACCUGACCCACCACCGUUUACCAUCUCCAAGGUGACCUGCUGCUCCGUAGCGUUGACGUUGACAGACAAGAAUAGAGACAGAAAGAGCCUGACGCAAUACGUGUUGCAGUAUCGUGAGCGAGACGGCGGUUUGUGGAAGUCCAUCUUCUUCCCCCCGCACGCACAGAACAUCGGCCUGGAAGGUCUCAGGCGGCAAACGACGUACGAAGUGGCUCUGGCGGCGUACAGCAUGUACGGUCGUGGGGAUGCCACCGAGCCUACACCGUUCACAACGACUGCGGAUGACGCGCUCAAGACCCAAGGCGCCACCCCCCCCCUCCCCCGCCUGUUUCAUUGUAGAGAGCAAGGUCAGGAAGGUUACGGUGGACUGUCUGACGCCACAGCUGUGAUGCAAGCACGUCUUAUACUACCCGUCGUGGCAUCCCUGAUUAUUAUUUCGUCAUCAGUGGCCGUUGCCGUCAUCUGCUACAAGAGGAUCGCCGUCAAGAAAGAUUCUCCAAUCCUGUACCAGGCAACGACGCUGCGCCGCGCCAGCUGGGCCAACCGGGAGUACGCCACAAUAGCCCGUAGCACGAUGCGGCGCAUGGAUGAGGCAUACGAUGUGCCUUGGGACAUGAAUGAAGCACUCGAAGCCGAUCAGCGGGCAUUUGACGAGUACACCUUGCUCAAAAACAGACCUCUGGCGGAUCCACGAAUGCAACCAGUGAUGUGUCUUGCCGAUGAAGAGGCGUCUGUUUCAACGGAACCUCAGCCACCAACGUGCACGUGCAAAGAACCACCACCAGAAAACCAGAAAAAAUGAUUUCCUGGGAGAUCCUGACUCUUGAGAGAGUGCUGAACGUUUGUGUUUGUGAAAUACAGGCUGGGUUAGUGCAACACACUUCUGGUCUUUCCAAGUGACAGUCAGAAGGCUUGCAUUUUUAUCGUUGUGUGCAUAGAGACCUCGUCCUAGAAAGUGUGGUGUGGUGGAAACAUGCUUUUCGUUGAGGUUGACAAAGGCUCACGGCGUGCCGCUUGGCAAUGACGUUUGCAUGAUGUCACCUUAGUUUCGUCUAACUGGUGACGAUUCGUCGCUUUAUUUCUGUAACUUCACACUGUGAUAGUAGCCGAUUGUUCCAAACUUAGCAUGGUCUUCUAAGUUGUCAUUUUUUUUAAAUCGACUAUUUUGUUGCUCGAACUGCAUUGAUGUCCACUUGUUACGCUAGCUCCAGCUCGCCUGCCACGUGUUCGAGUUGCACCAGUGCAUACCCAUAGGGAUCUUAGUAGCAGUACUGACAUACUGAAAGGUUUCGAGACCAAUUAGCCCACACCAGAUGAUCCAGCUCUCACGGAAGUACCAUAAAGAGGAACAGGGUAUACACUAAGAACACCACUGCUGCGACGCGCGUGUUAAUCACUAGCAGGCGCCUUCAGCUCCAGUAUGGUGCACGGGUGACGUCAUACGUACCCAACCGUUCACUGCAGGUCGACAUGCAGGCAUAACCCAGGGUAUAACCCAGCCACGUGGAAAUUCAGGAUUAUUUCGUAGGCCAUUAUUAAACAGCAAUUUCGACAUGUGAUCGUGAACCACGACAUCAUACGUGAAAAGGAGAUAUCAUACUGAUUACCGUGAUUGGCUAACCACAGUGUCGGAACGGUCGUCCUGAACUUCUCGCCUUCUGUAAAGCUGUUCCUGUACACUGUUCACGCAAUGUUAAAAAGACAAAAGAAGGGAACAUCUUAUCGUCUAUGUUUUUUUUUUUUUUUCGAAACACUGGGCUUGUAGUCCUGCGUUCCCAAUGGCCUACCGGCCGACAUACCGUCUGCGUGACCUUUCCUCCAUUUCUUUUUUUUUUUUUUUUUGUUCUUUGUGAUAAUAAACAUCCCCGCCGCGUGCGUGGUAACUCUCGUAUCGAUGUGUACCCCAGUGUACCUGUUUUGCUGCUGUUGUUCGAUAAACGCGCCUCUCUAAGUCCGUUCAAAUGUCGCAGGGAUGUCCUCUUUGUCAAGGAAAAUAGAGGCAUAGGACAUUGGGACCGCAGAAAAAGGGCAUCUUAUUGAACUUUUUAGCUUUCCACGUUUCCAACAGGAAAAAGCAUUUCUGGUGCUUUUCAAGGAUUAUUUACACGAUUCUCGAGUAUCACAUACUAAUGCAAAGCCGAAAUCUACAUUUUGUUUUUUUCUUAAAACCAACCAACCAACCAUAUUUGACUAUGAAGUUUUUAUAACGCGUAGCGAUAUUGUGAAACGCUUUUCUCAGCGUGAUUCACUUCUUUUUUCUAUUUUCAUGACAAUUUGUGAUGUCCUACUUUUAUGAAUGGCAAAACGUCGCAGUCAGGACAACGUCCGAACUUACUAAUCUUAAUGGAAACGUCUCCUUGUCUGAUACAUGUCUCUCUCGCAGCGUAUGUCAUCGCUGACGUUUUUAUGAUCUCAAGUCCAAAGGAGAUGUGCACAGGACCUGCUAUGUUGGCGGGCAACGAAGUGUGUGUGUGUGUCGCCUGACACGUCUCAUACGCAUUUUUUACUAUAGAUUUUACUUGACCAUUUCUACACUUUUUUACUGUUGAUACUGUUUACCUAUAAUUGCCAAAAAAAACUGGUAAGACAUAUAUACUUGCCUUAUAACAUUGCAUGCAUUUUUACUGAAUGUUUGUACGAUGCUACUUUUGCAAGAUUUUGUUUAAUGGUUUACACUGAGGUAUUUUCUAAACUUGCAAUACUUUUGUAACUUUCACAAAGUCAACCAUCCUAAGCUUGGAUGAGAAAGGUUGGCUCCAUGCGGAUGCAGCGAAGAAAAACUAGAGCGCAACCUCACGCGUUUUUCUUUUUACUAUUGUUUCCGCGUCAUCUCAAGAUAUGUUCAAAACCAAUAUCCGACAGUUAGCUUUUUUCACACCUUGUUACACCUUUCCUGUUUAAAUAUAUUGUCCUAAUGCACACACCUUGGUAUGAUGACACCAUAUGUAGGUUUCGAACCAUGCAGAAGGGCGUAAAGCUCAUUUCUAAAUGAUGUGCUCCACAGAAACCACAAGUUGGAAAUGCAUACUCCACAGAAAGCAUGAUUUCAGAAAUGUGCAUUCUAUUUAAAACACUGUUCAGUUAAGGGUGUCGUGCAAACUGUUUUUUUUAAAUAUUGCUAUGACACCUUGUAUUUGAGCCUGCAGGGUAAAAAAAAGGCUGUGUAUACUUCCAAAAAAAGUUUGAAAUGCGCUCCGAUAUCCCAUCCAAUGGAGUUUUACGUCGUGUACAAGCAUGGACUGUUACAGAACUUUAGCGGACUGGAUUACGCAUUUCGGUCAUCUAACAACAACAGAUGCAUUGAUGAUGAUGAAUGGGGAAAUUCGCCAGGUGUUGGUGAGGUGCGGCAUCCAGAAAGGAGAUCGAUCACCGGAAUACUGACAGGUUGGUUUUUCCAAUGCUUGCACACUUUGCAAAAUGCAAACGUCGUAUUUGUAUGACUGAAGCGUGGCGUUUGCUAGGAAGCCGAUGUGCUGGAGAAGAAUUCUUCCAUGAAAAGAUAAGAAACGCGAUUUUCCCUCGUCACUGUUACGUUCCCGUCGGAAGUAAGACAACAUAUUCCAUUAUAUUUGCAACUGAUUUUAACGCGAUCACAAUUAUCAUUCUAACAGUAUUGAUUCCCCUUCCUCUGCACUCUGAUUCCGAAUACCGACGACUGGCAGAAUAGUAGGUCAUGCCCUCUUAGUGUGGCCUGUACCGAAGGGUGAUGCUCGCAACACGAUAAAUACGAAUGUGUAUCUGUAUGUUUGUUACAUGAACAUUGACAUUGGCGUGUUUCAAAUACGACGUCAGAAAGCGUGUCUGUUGUACGGUGCGUUCUUAUUCUUUGUCAUGGACUGCUCAUCUGUGUAUUUGAUAUUUGUACUCUCAUGAAUAAAACAAUU